AUUUAACAUCUCAGUUGUUGUUUGAACAUUAGAUAGGAAUAGCACAUAAGAGUUUUUUUGUAAAUAAUUUUCGAUUGAAAUUUCGGUAAAAUUUGUAGUGAAAUAUUUGCAAAUAGAAGAAAAUGGAUUCGGAAAUGGAAAAUCCAGGCAUUGCCUCAACAGAUAUUAUGGGAUCCAAUACUAUUAACCUGAACAAUGAGCGAUUGGACUGCGAACAUCUUGACGACAUAACGGAGAGGUGGAUUGAUCCCAACAGACCCUCCUUUGUCACCGUUUUGCUGCGCUUCUUUGGCAACAUAUUUGUGGACUGCUUUAGAGCUGUUUUCUCCUAGAGAAAAUCAGAUGGCAUAUGGAAUGUGCAUCGAAUCUUGUUUCAAAUUGUAUAUAUAUAUUUGGAAAAUAAAUAGAGUUUGUACUAGUA